CUUUGGGGGGAGUGGGGAGAGGGAGGAGGGUGUUGCUUUGGAGUUUUCAUUUUCUCCCAUGAUUUCGCUCCCGCACACUCAUCUCUUUUCUCUCGGUGACCAGCAGAGGUAGAGAAUCUCAAUCCCACUCAGCCAGACUGAGACGGGAGAAUUUGGAAGACCUCCCCCAAAAAGCCACACUUAAGGAAGUUUGCAGAAGCUGCGGCAGCGGCAGCGGCAGCAGCAGCAGCUGGAAGGGCUAGAGACUGCAGCCACUUCUUCCUCUGUCGCUGCUGCCUCUGUCCUGGAGUCCGCGCCUGGAAGGACAUCCCUGCUCGCCUUGACUUUGUUGGGCUUCGUGAAUCUCAUGCCUGAAACGGGGACUCGGACAGCUGCUAGUGCCCGGAAAACCAGCCCGGCGCGGACCUCCAGGGUGAAAAAAGUGACUACACAAGACUAGUCUUGUGAAAGACAGAACGCUUCUACUUGAUUUCAAGAUGGAAACCUUUUAUCUCCGGGCCUCCUUUUGGCUCCUGUUGGCUGGAUGUGUGGUCGGUGACAAUCCUGAAGGCUAUCACACAAAUCUGAGUGACCCUGUGGAUGACUUGACCACAUUUCGUGGGACAGAGCCUAGCCUCCCCUUCACUACCCAUCGCCCCACUUCCUUGGUCCUGCCAAGCAAUGGCUCAAUGCGUAACUACUGCCCUCAGAAGACUAAAAUCACUUCAGCUUUCAAGUACAUCAACACAGUGAUAUCUUGUGCUAUUUUCAUCGUUGGAAUGGUGGGGAAUGCGACUCUGCUGAGGAUCAUUUACCAGAACAAAUGCAUGAGGAAUGGCCCUAAUGCACUGAUAGCCAGCUUGGCCUUGGGAGACCUAAUCUAUAUUGUCAUUGAUAUUCCUAUCAAUGUAUUUAAGCUCUUAGCUCAGCGUUGGCCUUUCGAGCAGAAUGAGUUUGGAGUCUUUCUCUGCAAGCUGUUUCCCUUCUUGCAGAAGGCCUCAGUCGGGAUCACAGUCCUCAAUCUCUGUGCUCUGAGUGUUGACAGGUACAGAGCAGUGGCCUCCUGGAGUAGAGUUCAGGGAAUUGGGAUUCCCUUGAUCACUGCAAUUGAAAUUGUGUCCAUCUGGAUUCUGUCCUUUGUCUUGGCCAUUCCUGAAGCCAUUGGUUUCGUCAUGGUGCCUUUUGAGUAUAGGGGCAAAGAACACAAAACCUGCAUGCUCAACCCCACAAACGAGUUCAUGGAGUUUUACCGAGAUGCAAAAGACUGGUGGCUCUUCGGUUUCUACUUCUGUGUACCGUUAGCAUGUACUGCCAUCUUUUAUACCCUAAUGACUUGUGAGAUGCUCAACAGAAGAAAUGGCAGUUUGAGAAUUGCACUCAGCGAGCACCUUAAGCAGAAUGUGGUGUCAGAAGAAGAGGUAACCUUUACUCCUUCCCCUCCUGUGCAUAAUACCUUUGGGUGGUCAACAACACUUCUCUGUAUACAGCUGCUACCCGAGCGCCGUGAAGUGGCAAAAACAGUCUUCUGUUUGGUUGUGAUUUUUGCUCUUUGCUGGUUUCCUCUUCAUCUCAGUCGAAUCUUGAAGAAGACUGUGUACAACGAGAGAGACAUGAACCGGUGUGAACUGCUUAGUUUCUUAUUGCUUAUGGAUUACAUCAGCAUUAACUUGGCAACUAUGAAUUCAUGUAUAAACCCGAUAGCACUAUAUUUUGUCAGCAAAAAGUUUAAAAACUGUUUCCAGUCAUGCCUCUGCUGUUGCUGCUACCAGUCUAAAAGCCUCAUGACCUCAGUACCUAUGAAUGGAACAAGCAUUCAGUGGAAAACCCAUGAACAAAACCACCACAACACGGACAGGAGCAGCCACAAGGACAGCAUAAAUUGAUUCCCAGAAUACCAGCAAUGCCUCAAGCCUUAGGAAGAAAGAAAGACUGAUCCCCACAGAUGUUCUUCCAGGAAGUUUACCAAUUUUGUCCUUCUUCCCUGCCCCCACCCCUGAAGAAUGCACUUGAGAACCGCUGUCCAGGAACCUGGUUAUGUCUUUUAAGUCCUGUGAAGCUGACUGCUUUCAGCUGACUUGACAUUUUUCAGAGAUGGCAUUCAGCAGUGUUGGGGAGAAUCUGGAAAGAACUCUUAGAGUUCUUAGCCCCCAGGGACAUAUCUGCUGCUUCUGCAGGAAGUGAGAGUUUUCCCCCUAUGUGUGACUGGCAUACAGUGCACCUUCUGGCUGAGCUCUGCUGGGAAAUGGCACCAUGAAAUGCUGGUGAGGGCCAUGAGAAGGAGGACUGUGGACAAUAUAGUGCAUCUCCAGCCUCUUGAGUGUUGAAAUUUGUUUUUCUUAUAAAACACAGUAUGAGUUUAAGCCACAUUUGUUUUAAAUGUCAGUCCACACCAGUAUUCUUUUUUUAAAAAUUACAUAUCUUAGUAGCAUAGCCACAAUCAUUUGCUCUUGUUCUACACAUAUUUUGUAAAGAAAGCAGUAGAUUUAGUGAGCAGUCAGAAAGUAAGUUUUCUCUAAGCAAUGAUGAAUCUAUAAAAAUGUAUGUCUUAAAAGCAGGUACUUAAAACUCAAACUGAAAGCACCAGAAGGUAUGAUGAUGUGCUGUUAAUAAUAAUUGACAUUUACUGAGUGCUUUGAAUUUGCAAAGUGCUUAUGAAUGUUACUACAUUUGAGCUCCAGAAUAGCCCUAGGAGAUAGCUACUACAGAUAGAAUUGUCCUCAUUUUAUAGAUGAGGAAACCGAGGCUCAGAGAGAAGUGACUUGCUCAGGAUUACAAAGCUAGGAAAUAUGAGGCAAGCUUUGAACCCAGGUCUUCCUGCCUGUCAAUCUAGUGUUCUAUCAGGCUGUAACUCUAAGAAUUAGUCUAAGGACUUUUAAAGAAACCUCUUGGGGAAAUUUUUUAAUGGUCCUUUCUAAGCUAAAGGGCACACUGAAACUCAUCAUAAAUUCCCAAAUCACAUUUCAAUUCCAUAGGCAUUUACUAAUUACUAGAGUUACUUUUAGAUUCAAAAGUCAUUUUCCAUAAGCCCAUUCCUUUCUUUGGGGGUAUCUAUUUCUCCUACAAAAUGAAGAGAAUGUACUAAGAAGUAAAAGACAAAGCACUUAAACUAUUUCUGAAAUUUCCAGUAACUGUCACUGACUUAAGAGGAAAUGCAAGGAAAUAUGGAAUUCAAAGUCUAAGCCAAGUAUCCCAUUUUCAUUGGAGGUUUUUGUUUGUUGUUUGUUUUCAAUUUUAAAGCCUAGUAAUCCAUACUCUAGCAGCAUUUCUUUUGAUACAUCUGGAUAUAUGUUUUAACUCUCAGUGAUUCUCAAAAAUGGCUAAGUGAUAGCACCAGUUCUUAGCUACUGAGUGUUCCAUGUCCAUCCUUAGACAUGGAACAUUAGACAUGCUAUGUUUCAGUGCCUCUUCUCUCUACUACAGAAGACUGCUAGGAGAGUCAUGGGGUUUAACAUGUCAGGUUGAAAUGUAAUCAUCCUAAAUGCCAACAUGGACUUCUUCAUAUCCUGGGUCCAAAGCGCAAGCCUUCUUCACGUUAACCUGCUCACAAGGUCACCAUUUCAAAGUGCUUCCAAUGACUUAUCCUGGGCAACUUCCCAGAUGUUUACAGUCUGUGCACAGCAGAGAGCCUUCAAGUGUACAUAGAAACACCAUUUGUAAAUUUCUUUGCAGAAUUUUUUUGAGAUUAAAUGUCCAUGAUGUGUCUUUGUGUAUGUACAUAUGUGUGCAUAUAAUAUAUGCAAUUGUGUAUCAAACCUUAACCUGAUAGUAUUAUUCAAGAGUAGUGCCCCCUAGUGGAUCCUGAAAUGUCCUUAGGGGACAUUUAACCAAGAUGAUUAAUUCUACAUCAGAAGCCUCUUUGUUCCCAAAGUUAGUGACCACGCUUGUCAUUCCAAAGGGGGAGGUCCAAUACAUUGAACAAAUGCUGGCUGUGAUAUACAAGGCCACUGCAACAAGAUGGUUUCUUCUUUUUUUCUAACUAAUUUUUUUGAUUAAGUAACAUAUUGGGUUGUGUCACCUCCUGUGCUACAGUGAUAGGAAUGUAUUAUCUUAUAAUAACCUCCUGCUGCCACCUCCCUCUGUCCAUAGGCACACAUAGGCAGCUAUGUGUAAUGAAUAGAGGGUAAGCCAUGGGGUCAGGAAGACCUGAGUUCAAGUACUAUCUCUAGCAUAUCAUGGUGGAGUGACUAAAUCACCUAUCCUCUCAAUGCCCAGGAAGUUCUUCCUAACUAUAUGUUUCAGACUAUUUGACACAGUUUACAGCAGUAGAGGGAGUUACCAUACAGGGCUUUCCCUAUCCCGAUGAGGUCAUCUGCACCAGAAAAAAAAAAUAGACAAUACAUUCAUGAGGAUGCCGAGAGUAGUGCUAGAAGACAGUGCCAGGAAUCCUGCUUUGCUGACACAGAGCUAAGCUCAUUUAUGGUGCUUCAUUUAGACAUGAUCCGAGACACUGCUCCACCUAAAAACUUAUCCUAAGUUCUGCCAUUGAAACUGAGAGGCUAGAAAACUUUGCUUAUUCAAGUGUUACCCUGUCACAUUCCCUUCAUUUAUUGGUACAGCACAUGAAAUGACAUAUGCCUAUAACAUAAGCUAUAGUAUUACAAGAAUUUUGUUUAGACAAUCAUAAUUGUAAAAACAUACACGGUUUCUUGCAUAUGGAUGAAAUGUAUUUUAUAAAUCUAGAACGUCAUACAUUUCUGGCAUCAAAUAGCAAUUGCAUGAGCUUAAGUAUGUGGGUUGUCAGUAAGCCUAGUAGGAAAUAAUUAUGCUUUUGAGGAGACUAAUUUCCACAGAAUUUAUCAUAUCUAUACAGCAAAGUGACUCCCUACAGAAAUGAGCCAGAUGCCAAGGUCCCAUAAUGGAAGUGGCCCAGAAAUGUAAAAUAAAGCAGAUAUUCCUACAAGUA